AUGAGGAGAAUAGCAGACCUCAAGGUUAGAAGCAAGAGGUGUUUGACUCAAAGGGCAAUCUCUUGCCCCGUGCUUAGAAUUUCCUGGGACUUGGUGUACUGGAUGGCAAGAUACGAUAAACGCCUGAGAGUCCUCUGCAAACAUAUGUCUCCAAGAGAGAUAUCUGUUCUUGCCCCGUGGAAGAAGUCAUAUGAAAGAAGAGGAUUCUAUGAGUCAAGGGCCUCUUUCGACAUUGAUCUUCAUCCCUUUGUUAACCUCAGGGCAUUGAGGGUCGUUGACUCAUCCAUCUUUGAUAUGUUCUCGAUCAACAACACCUGCAUCAAGGAAUUGAAGCUCCUUAAAGUUUUGGGGGUGAGGAUGAAAAGCCCUGUGAACACUGUGCUAGAAGAAAUAACUCUGAAGGACACUAGAAUACCAUAUGAAGAUAUGGUAAGUAUUCUUGGGAUAGAGUCAUUAAUAAGUGUGUCAUUGAUGAAUGUCGAUGUUUCGGGAUGCCAUAGGUGGAGAGAAAAGCUUCUAGAGAAGAUUAGAGAGAUGCCCAAACUGAAAAGGAUAGUUCUGGUUAAUAUGAAGGUUGACAUUCAGCAGUUUACUGACCUGUGCAUUGAAAGGGGGUUGGGGUGGUUUAAGAUUGCUGAAGAAGACGUAUGCUUGGAUGUAAGGCUAUGUUCUUUUGCAAGUUCCAUCCGAUGUGUGGGGGCUCUGAGAUGUCUUAUAGGCCUCAACUAUGAAAUGGUAGAAAUGAUGCAUGUCGAGGGAAGAGACUUGAAAUAUAUGAAGGAAACUCUCCCCAACCUGAAAGUACUUUAUGUAUCUCAGGCUGAAAUAGACAAUAAGACAUUCAAGACGGUAUAUCUUAGAUACCCAAAUCUGAUUGGUCUCGGGUUUUCUGAGUGUAUCUUUAAUGGAACCUCCUUCUAUGAGACCAUCAUACACUUUAAAGGUGUUCUGAGGUUUCUGGAUCUUACCUCUUCAAGGCUUCCUCAUGAUUAUAUCUCUUUUUUGAAGAAAACCUUAUGUUCAUGCUCUGUAAAACUAAGAAGUGGAGAUUUGAUCAUGGUUGAUAAUACCUCCUCCAAGUAA